AUGGCAACCCCUACGCAACCCCCACGCCUCCAUCUCAUCCGCUCCGCCCAAGCCAACCACAACACCUCCCUCGCCAACCACCAGAUCCGCGACCCCCUCCUCACCCCCACUGGCGGACUCCAAGCCCGCCACCUCCGCCAUGCGAUCCCCCCCUCCAUCCGCGACCGCAUCGGCUUCUUCGCCGCCUCCCCCCUCCGCCGCACCCUGUACACCGCCCUCCUCGCCUUCGAAGACCUCCUCCUCCCCGAGGGCCGGGAGGAGGGCCUGAUGUCGACGGGAAUCGGUACAGACCCUCUGCCUAUCCCCGAGUCCGGCUUGUCGGUGUCCCAUAACACGCCGCGCUUUCCCGUCUUCGCGGUCGCCGAGGCCCAGACGGUCUCCGACCGCCCGUGCGACACGGGCUCGCACCGCGACCAGCUUGUGGCGGUGUUCAACGUGGUGGAUGGGCCGUGGAUUUACCUCGUGAGCAUGGCGCAUCUGCGGAAGGACUGGUUUAUCAAGAAGAGCAAGUGGGCGACUGAUGAAGCGAUGGUGAAAGCGCGUGCGGCGGCGGUGAGGCGGUGGUGUAGGAAGAAGUUGGCGGGUUUGGAGGGGGAGAAGCGGGAUAUGGUGCUGGUGACGCAUGGGACAUUUCUGCACUACCUCACGCAGGAUUGGUCGGGCUAUGAAGAGGUCGCUGAAACCGGGUGGGAGAACUCCGAGGUGAGGUCGUUCCAGUUCGUGGAUGGACUGAGGACUGACGAUGAUGAUGCGAAGAUUGAGGAGACGGAGGAAAGCAAGCAGUACCGAGAGAAGAAUGGGCCGAUGUGUGGGUUGGACGGGUCCUUGGAGACCGAGGAGCUCGCUCCCGCCAGAGAUGCCAUCGCAUUCGAGCAUUGAGGGCUAUGAUGGCACUGGGCAUAAGCAACAAUGCGACAUGCUCAAAAAGGCGGAUCACUUGAUAUGCAUAACAGUAGUGACAUGGCUCAAAAAAGUCGAUUGCCGGAGAUCCAUACCAACGGAUAGAUAAAACAAGAGUCGCAAGACCUCGCACAUCUUCAUGCCUCGAUAUCAACCAACUAACGCGAGCCAUCUGUCUUAUACCCAACCUUCCACAUCCCCCCUCACCUCCCCUCCUCCUACCC